AUGGGGCUGUUGCAAAACCCAGCUGAAGGAGGUGGAAGAGAUGCUGGAGCAGGAAGGUUUAUCCCAGAUCUCCUGCAGUGCUACAGGACUGAGCUCCAGAAGGCCAUGGAGCACAACAGCCAGCUGGACAAGGAGAUCCUGGCACUGCGGGCACGGGUCCAGAUGCUCGACCUGGAGAGGAAAGCGUUCCUGGAGCUGGUGGAGCAGCUCAAGGAGGAGAUCUGUGAGUACCACCGGAGUGAGAGGCCAGAGCUUCCACCGGCUGAGGGAGUCGGAAUGGCCUCACUGCAGGCACAGGGCACGUGGGAAGAAGCAGGAGCUGAUGGAGACACCGGUGCCAGUAGAACUGCCCCAUAUCAGAAACAUGGAGAUCAGGGUGUUGAAACUCUCCACAAGAGGUGCUGUGAAGCCGUGGAGAACACUGAGGGCAGGAGUUCCCAGCUCCUUCACAAGCUGCAAAAACUGGAGCAGGAGCACAAGGGUUUGAUUGAGCGCAAUGAAGAGCUGGAAUCAAUUCUGGGAGAGACACAGAUCCAAACCGAGCAAGAGAAGCAAGAGCUGGAGAGCGAGGUGGAGGGACUGCACCAGAAAAUCACCAGUUUGGAAACAGAGUUGUUUAAGGUGCAGAAGAACAAAAGUGAGAUGAAUGGAAACGAGCAGGUGACAUCUGGAGCUCAGGAGAUGCAGGAGAUGUUGGAAAACUGUCAGGAAACAAUAGACAAGUUGGGGAGUCAGCUGGGAGAGAGGAGAGAACGAAGAAAGCAACUGGCAUCUGAGCUGGAGUUGCUGCGGAAAGAUCUGAAGGCUGAGAAGGUGGUUCUGGGCAGCCAGGGUUUGCCUGACUCCCACUUGGAGCUCACAAGCCACAUAAACACCUUCCCAAGUCUUCAGCGAACAUCAGCCAGCAGAGAUGUUGUGGAUGUAUCCCAGGAGAAGCUAAACAAAGACAGUGCUUUGCUAGAUCCAGAGGCCUCUGAAAUCCUGCAAGACAGUCCCAAAGUGGAGCAGAAACAAGAAGAUCCCCGUGCAGAUGCAAAGACCUAUGAGGAACAGAUGGCUAAAGUAGUGUUUUUGGAAGAACAGAUCAAAAACCUGAGGGAAGAACAAGAACUGCUCUGCUCUGAAUUACUAGAGAGCAACAAGAAGAAGGAGGAGCUGGAAAAGCAGCUCAAAAAGAGCAAUGAAGAGAAACGGAUGUUGCUUGAAGAAAUUGCCCAGCUCAAAUGUGAUGUCCGGAGUGCCUGGGAGAAGGGCCCCAGCAGAGACACAAGGAGGAUGACUCCAGGCUUGGAGCAGAGGGAGAACAGGUUUCUCCCAUGGCAGAGCUCAGCAGACAGUUUAGAGGGGAGCCUGAAACAGGGUCUGUCUGAGGAGAGGUUCCAGCAGCAGGAGGAGAAGCUGCAGCAGCUGCGCCAAGACCUGCGGCGGGUGCAGAAUUUGUGCAGCUCCGCCGAGAGGGAGCUCAAGUAUGAGAGGGAGAAGAAUGCCGACCUCCAGAGGCAAAAUCUGCUGCUCCAGCAGGAAUGCACCAAGGUCAAAGCUGAGCUGAAGCAGGCCCGGGCCAAACUCUCAAACACCACAGAAACAUAUUCCUCCCUCUCAGCACAGUGGGAGAGGAGCCAGCAGAAGGUCAAGGAGCUGGAACUGGAGCUCUCCAAGUGCUCCCAGGCUGAUAAGCUCCAGAGCAGCCUCCAGGAGAGGCUGGCCCAGGAGAAAUCCAGAACAGGAGAAGCACAAAAGAAGGUCUCAAAACUCCAGCAAAAGCUGAAGGAUUCCCAGCACCAGCUGCUGUUGGCAGAGGCCCGUGUUUCUGAUAAGAAGCUUCUGGAGGAGGAUCUGAAGGAAGCUCGGGAAAAUGAAGCUCGAGUACAGCAGGAGCUUCACGAGGAGCAGCUGAAAAGGAGGCUCCUGGAGCAGCAGGUGGAUGAGCUGCGGCAGCAGCUUUGGCAUUCCAGGGAGACAGAGGCGUCACUCGCCAAGAUGCAUGUGGAGCUCCAGGCCAAGACCCUGCACGUCCUGGAGGAUGAGAAGAAGCUGGAUGCUGGUGAGCAUGUGCAGUGCCAGAAGGAGAACCAGAAGCUCUCAGAGCAGCUGGCACUGCUGAAGGAGGAGAACAAAGCCCUGUAUGAGGAAGGUGUCCGACUCCUGAACCAGAAGGAUCUCUAUGUCAGGAAAUACAAUGAGAUGCAGCUCCGGCACAAGGACAAGAUGCGCAGGGCCAAGGAGACCUUCAUCCACGAGGUGAAACAGAGGGACAGCAGGAUCAAACAGCUGGAAAAUGAGCUCAGUGAGUUGAAGCUCCAAGUGGAAAAGGGAAAGGUGCUGAUUUCCCAGAUCACUGCUGAGAAUGAGAAAUUACUCCAGGAGAGGCGACGGCUCCUCCAAAAAAUAUCAGACCAGGAGGAGUCCCCUUGGAGCCUCUGGUCUGGGAUUCCUUCCCUGCAGAGCAGAGGAAAGAUCCUGGAGGAGACGAAUGCCCGGCUGCAGGACAAGCUCCAGCUCUCCAGCCAUGUGGCCACAUCCCAGUGCCUUGCCAGGAGCAGCCCCACCCCCAGAACAGAGGAUUUGAAGAUUGUUCCUGGCUCUGAAUGCCAGCCACAGAGUAAGGUGUUGCCACCUCCUCGUGCCAGCUUCCCACCCCGAGGUCUCCCAGAGCCCCUCGGUGCCCUGAAGUCCCCACAGAACAUGAAGCCUGAACAUGAAGGAGAGGCCGAGAGCCAGGAUUCUUCCUUCUGCCUGUCCCCCUCACAGCCUUCGGAUAUCGGAUACCUGAAUGUGGCCUCUCCUGGUGAUACCACGGUCCCCAUGACCUCACCGCUGCAGGACGAGAGUCGGAGCCUUGGCUCCGAGAACAACUGAGCUGGGAAUGUUGGUGCAGCCUUACCUGAACUGCAGGAUUUGGGCUCCUGGGGCCGUGGGACCAUGAGCUUGCAAAUAGAAUUGCCAAGUGGACUGACCCCACAAUUUCUGGGAUAUAUUCCAACUAAACGAUUCCAGAGAUUUUUAUUUUUUGUUUUACUUGCUCGCCUGUAAACGUGUGUGUGAUCCCAGAUCCACUGGAGGCUGGAAUUUGUAGAUAAACUCAGUACAGUGGUAGAGGGGUGGGGUGAAGAGCGUCUUCCUUCAACCCUAAUUGUCUGUCCAGUCCAAAUCUAUAAAUUUCAUAGAUAAAACUUGGAGAAGUUCCCCUUUUACCCUGUGCCCACAAUCCAUGCCCACACACUGUCAUUCCCCUUUUUCCAUGCUCUCAGCAUUCCCUUUGCUUUGUGCAGAGGUGAAUGGGAUAUCUGAGCACUGGGGAGAGGAUAACUAGUCAUUCCCUGACAGCCUUGGAACAGUCCCAACCUGAGUCAGAGCCUGAGUGGAGCAGCACCAUUGUUGCUGGAGUUUUGCAAACAAUUUCCAAAAGUUUUGGCUAACUUGGAUUCUGGUCAGGACAGAAAUUUACUGAUGACUGAAGCCAGUCAUCUCCUGAUCCUGCAAACACCAGUGCCAUGGAGGUCUCCUGUGCUGCAGCUCUGUGCCUGUGUAGGAACGAGGCCCACAGUCUGAGAUAAGGGAUUUCCAUUGGAUACGUGGUGAUGGGAGUACCUGGGUGUGAUCACCUGCUGAGGGAGUGGUGGGUUACCAGGCAGAGGCCAGAUAAUCCCUACCCUUGGAAUCUGGCAGGUGGAAGAGGGAGGGCUGCUCAGGUGUCACAUUGUGUUCUGCCCUUGCCAAGAUCCAGAGCCUUUGUCAUCUCUCUCGUUACGACUCUUGAUGUCACUCAUUUCCAGAUAAAUUGGAUGGUCCUCCCUCCUCCCCAAAGCAUGGAGACCCCUUAGCAAAGAUUUGUGCCUCCAGAUGCAUCAGAGAAUUCCUGGGAGCGUUCGUCUUGUGCAGCU